AUGGCGAGGCGAAAGCGUGAGUUUCUUGACGAUGACGAAUCGGACUCGUCUCCGUCUUCUGAUAAUGACGAACUCGAAUACAACGACAAUGACCCCGACGCGCGCGCCGAACGUCAGCUCUUCGAGAAUCCCUACAAGCGGAAACGUACCAAGAGUAACGCAAAGGAAGAUGCCAUUUACGGUGUCUUUGGUAGCGACGAUGACGAAGAAGAUCCUGCGAUUGCCAAACGGAAGGCCAAGACUCGGGCGAAAGCUCCUGCUUUCGUCUCUUCCAAUACGAUAGUCACGCUCGGCGAGGAUGUCGACAUGGAAGAGGCUCGUGACUCUUCUGAAGACGCACAAAUGGAUGAAGACUCUGACGAGCAAGACUCCGAUGUGAGACACUCAAAAUCGCCGUCUCCUGCCGUUGUUGAAGAGGAGGAGCAGAAACCACGGUUUGGAAGACUUGGACUCGGAGCAGGGAAGGGCGGGAUUGGGUCCUCGAAAUCGACUUCGACUCCGUCUUUCUCCAAGGCUGGUAUAGGAAGUGCCUCACUAUCUUCUGCAUUCACCAAGGGCACCUCUGAUGGCUCUGUUCCGGUCUUCGCGAGAGGCGGAAUUGGGUCGCAGCGCCCCACGGACUCCUCCACUUCCACUCCGGCGCUCGCUUCUUCCUCCGCGUCUCCGUCACCUGCACCAGUCGCGUUAGAAGACUUCCCAACCGCUUUUGGUGCAGAUCGCACGCGACGUUCUUUCCUUCCUAAGGCCGGCAGCAACUCGGGAACAUCUCGCUCCACAACUCCUCUCAAUGCGAAUGAGCGCGCUCACUUCAGCAAGAUUUCAGGCGGAUUCGGUUCCCGUAUGUUGCAGAAGAUGGGUUGGGAGAUGGGUCAAGGCCUGGGUACGGAGGGACAAGGGAUUGUGACUCCUGUGGAAAGCAAGCCACGUCCGAAAGGUAUGGGUCUCGCCUUCAAGGGCUUUCAGGAGAAGACCGAACAGUCCAAGGCCGAGGCGCGGCGGCGCGGCGAAAUUGUCAGUGACGACGAUGAGCAGUCGAAAACUACAGCUCGCAAGGCCCGCAAGGCCGCGAAAGCCCAAGAGGCCCGCACAGAGGCCUGGAAGAAGCCCAAGAAGGUUAAAACGCGCGUCGAACACAAGACGUACGAGCAAAUUCUUGCUGAAGCCGGGCCCGACACGCCCCAAGCCGGUGUAGGGCCUAUAAUCGACGCUACCGGUGCAACGUUGAGAGAGGUGUCCUCGCUUGCCGACGUCUCGAUUGCCUCAUGGACGCCCAGCACGGAUCCCACGCGCCUACCUGAGAUCAGACACAAUCUUCGACUCAUCUCUGAGUCUUGCCGUACCGAUCUCGGCGGUUUGGUCAAGGAGGCCCGUGCACUUGAAGAGCGAAAGAGGUGGAUUCACACAGAGGACGCUCGUUUGCGGAAACAGGUAGACGAUGAAGCCGAACUGAUCGCGCGUAUGCAACAGAUGAAUAUCGUCGUGGGCGAGAUCAACGAACAGGCCAGGCUAGCAGCGUCGGUGUACGAAGCGUCGCUGGAGCCUUUCGUCAGUGGGUUCGACAAGCUGCUUGGUCAACAUGCUCGGGAGUUUGAUCGUUAUCGCAUGGAUGAGGUGGUUGUCGCGGCUAUCGCCCCUGUGAUUCGAAGGAUGCUCAAUCAAUGGAAGCCGCUUGAAGAGCCAACUGCAUUCACUUCCAACUUCCGGCUGUGGAGACGUGCCCUUAAGAUGGGCGGGCUCAAUGAGGCCGCUCCAAAUCAAGUGCAGGUGUACGGCAAUAGUACAAUUGUGUCCACACCCGGCAUGGAGGAAAAGCCAAUGACACCAUAUGAGAGUCUCUUGUGGAAUACGUGGCUGCCUCGAAUACGAUCCGCCUUGAACAACGACUGGUCCCCGGAAGAUCCUCAGCCCGCCGUGCGUUUGUACGAGGCAUGGUCGACGUUCAUGCCUCCGUUUGUCCGGGACAACUUCUUCGAUCAGCUGGUACUCCCCAAAGUCCAGAAAGCGGUCGCCGACUGGCAUCCUCGCAAAAGCCAUGUGCCUUUGCAAACAUUGGUAUUCCCCUGGCUUCCGCACGUCGGUCUUCGCCUCGAGGAAGUGCUCGGCGACGCACGGCGAAAGAUCAAGAGCUUGCUUCGGUCAUGGAACACCGGAGACGCCAUCCCGCAUGACUUGGGCGUGUGGAAGGAUGUCUUCGACGUGGGCGAGUGGGACUCGAUGCUGCUCAAGUACGUUGUGCCCAAGCUCGGCGCACGGCUCCGGGAAGACUUCCGAGUCAAUCCACGUCAGCAAGACAUGCAACCAAUCCUCGACGUGCUUGCCUGGGACGGGCUCUUCAGACCAACCAUACUCGCACAGAUCCUCGAAAAAGAGUUCUUCCCCAAGUUCCUCGACGCGCUCUACAUUUGGCUCAUCCAGCCGACCGUGGAUCUCAACGAGGUCGGCGAGUGGUACAAGCAUUGGAAGGAGAAAACGUUCUCGGAGACCGUACGAGCGACACCAACAGUCACCCGGGGCUUCACACGCGCUCUGCAGCUUGUGAACAAGGCGCUGGAACUCGGGCCCGAUGCCCCGACCCGACUCCCUCGCCCCGAUCAUACGGUACCUCUCGGCACCGCUGUUCCGUCCACCCAAGCAAAGACCAAAUCGCGUCCUGCGCGCGUCCAAGAGAUCACCUUCAGGUCAAUCGUGGAAGACUAUGCAUCAACCCACAACCUGCUCUUCAUUCCCACCGGCAAGGCGCACGAGAAAUCCCGAAUGCCACUUUAUCGCGUCUCCCCGGGCGCCGACGGGAAGGGAGGCGUCUUAGUUUACGUCCAGGACGACGCAGUUUGGGCUCUAGAUGGUAGCGGAGAGUACAGGGCGAUCACAUUAGAGGACAUGGUACUCAGGGCGACCAAAUAG